UUCAGAUUUCAGAGCGCCAUUGUCAGUAAGGGAAGUUCUUCAUUGCACUUUUCAGUCACUCAGAGAGUGUGCAAAACCUAAAAAAAUUGCAAAAAAUUGAGAGAAAGGGAGAAAAGCAAGAAGAAAAUCGAAAUGGGAGCAUGGGAUUUUCUGGGAGAAGCUGGACCAAGCGACAAGUAUCCAAAUGGCUCCAUCAGAAUGGACCUUGACGACGACAUAGAUUUUGACUAUUCUUCUGAUGACGAGCCCGACAAUAAUCCCAUGGAGGGGCUUGACGAAAGUUUCCUUAAAAUGUUCUGUAGGAAAGCCGCCACUUCAUUUUUUGACCAGUAUGGUUUAAUCUCCCACCAGAUCAAUUCGUACAAUGACUUUGUUAAUCAUGGGAUUCAGCAGCUAUUUGAUUCCAUUGGGGAGAUUAACAUCGACCCUGGAUAUGAUGUGUCGAAAAAGGGGGAGGACAGUGAUUGGAGGCGUGGGUCCCUCAGAUUCGGGAAGGUCACCUUGGAGCCCCCGAUGUUCUGGACAGGUGGGAAGUUUGCCGCUGUUGAAGGUGCUAAUGACCAUUUGGAGCUUUUCCCAAGGCAUGCUCGUCUCCAGAACAUGACCUAUUCGUCCAGGAUUAGUGUUGAGACUUAUCUUCAGGUUUACACGAUGGGUGUAUCUAGAAGUGACAAGUUCAAAACUGGUGUCGAUAAAACUGUUGAGAAGACGAUACUCCAUGAGUAUAAUUCUGUUGUUACCUUUGGAAGACUUCCCGUCAUGGUGAAGUCAGACUUGUGCAGGAUGCGCUCAGUUGACAAAAGGGAUUGUGAGUUUGAUCACGGAGGGUAUUUUAUAAUUAAGGGUGCCGAGAAGACAUUCAUUGCCCAAGAACAAAUAUGCCUCAGAAGGCUGUCAGUGUCCAAAGUGCCAACCUGGACAGUCGCGUAUCGGCCGAUUGCAAAAAGACAACGAGUCUAUGUAAAAUUGGCCCCCAAAACAGAGAACGUCUUAGGAACUGAUAAGAUACUCACGGUCUACUUCUACGUAACGGAAAUCCCUAUCUGGGUUCUCUUCUUUGCCCUGGGUGUUUCUAAUGACAGGGAGGCCGUGAAAAUGAUUAAUAUUGACACAGAAGAUUCUACCAUUGCAAACAUACUCAUUGGCUCAAUUUACGAGGCUGAUAAGAGGUUUGAUGGUUUUCGUAAGGAGGGUAAUGCAGUAAAACACAUCACCGAUCUCAUGAAGGGUUGUAAAUACCCACCCGAGGAGUCUGUGGAUCAGUGCAUUCAAAAGUACUUCUUUCCAAACCUCAGCAGCCCAAAGCAAAAGGCUUGCUUUCUAGCUUAUAUGGUGAAAUGCCUUCUGGAAGCCUACAGAGGGCGCCGUAAAACUGAUAACCGAGAUGAUCUGAAGAACAAGAGGCUAGAAUUAGCUGGUGAGCUUCUGGAAAGGGAGCUGAGGGCUCACAUAAAGCAUGCGGAAAAGCGUAUGGUUAAAGCUUUGCAACGGGACCUCGACAGAGACCGGGAAUUGCAGGAGAUUGAGAAGUACAUGGAUGCCUCCAUUAUCACAAAUGGUCUGUCGAGGGCUUUCUCGACUGGGGCCUGGUGCCACCCUUAUAAGAGGAUGGAAAGGAUCUCGGGUGUGGUGGCUACUAUCAGGCGAAACAACCCAUUGCAGGCAAUUUCUGAUAUGAGGAAAACUCGUCAGCAGGUGUCGUACACGGGAAGGGUUGGCGAUGCUAGAUACCCACACCCGUCUCACUGGGGAAAGAUGUGUUUCCUUUCCACGCCUGAUGGAGAAAAUUGCGGACUGGUUAAAAAUCUAGCUAGCAUGGGUAUUGUGAGUACAAAUAUGCUGGAACGUGGGGACCUUAUCAAAAUAUUUCGUGAGUGCGGGAUGGAAAAAUUGGAUGAUGACACUUCAAGUCUGCUCGAUGGAAGGCACAAGAUUUUCCUGGAUGGAGAUUGGGUUGGAUUGUCCAAAGACUCCUCAUCAUUUGCUGCCAAGCUAAGGCGCAAACGUCGCAAGAUGAGCCUUCUUCGUCAGCUUGAGGUCAAAAGAGACCAUCACCAGAAAGAGGUCCGCAUAUACGUCGAUGCUGGAAGAAUCCUCCGGCCCCUUCUAGUCGUCCCAAACCUGAAAAAAAUCAAAGAUUUGAAAGGCGACUUGACUUUCGACACCCUUUUAGACAGUGGGGUGCUCGAGUUCAUCGGGCCUGAAGAGGAAGAGGAUUGCCAAACAGCGUGGGGCAUAAAGUACCUCUUCACGGCCGAGUUAGACAACCCGCCAGUCAGAUACACUCACUGUGAGCUCGACAGCUCAUUCUUGCUCGGCCUCAGCUGCGGGCUCAUCCCUUUUGCCAAUCAUGACCACGCCAGACGAGUUCUCUACCAGUCAGAAAAACACUCUCAACAAGCAAUCGGGUACUCCACCACUAACCCGAUGUUACGAACAGAUACGAAUUCCCAACAGCUGUAUUACCCACAGAAGCCGCUUUUCAAGACCAUACUCUCGGAUUGCCUCGGAAAAUCGAGAUAUGCCGAUCACCACAAAGGUAUGUUACCCAGGCCUGAAUUUUCCAAUGGCCAGUGUGCUAUUGUGGCUGUGAAUGUUCAUCUUGGGUACAAUCAGGAGGAUUCUAUAGUGAUGAAUCGAACCUCUUUGGAACGUGGAAUGUUCCGGACUGAGCACGUGAGGAGUUACAAGGCUGAUGUUGAGUACCAGGAAGAGGACAAUCCGGGGAAAAAGGUGAAGUCGGAAGAUAUGAUAACGUUCGGGAAGGUGCAGAGCAAGAUUGGGCGUGUGGACAAUUUGGAGGAGGAUGGGUUCCCAUUUGUAGGCGCGAAUUUGCAGACAGGCGAUAUUGUCAUAGGCAAGCAUUCUGCUUCUGGGGUGGACCAUAGUGUGAAGCUCAAGCACACAGAGAAGGGUAUGGUCCAGAAAGUCGUGCUCUCGUCUAACGAUGAUGGGAAGAAUUUUGCAGUUGUGUCAUUAAGACAGGUUCGCGCUCCAUGCCUCGGUGACAAGUUCUCAAGCAUGCACGGGCAAAAGGGUGUGCUGGGGUUCCUCGAUUCGCAGGAGAACUUUCCUUUCACCAAACAGGGAAUUGUUCCUGAUAUAGUGAUAAACCCUCAUGCAUUUCCUUCUCGGCAGACGCCCGGUCAACUCUUGGAAGCUGCCCUUGCCAAAGGCAUUGCGCUCGGAGGUGCUCUUAGAUAUGCCACCCCGUUUUCCACCCCAUCGGUUGAAGACAUAACAGCCCAGCUUCACAGGCUGGGAUUCUCGAGAUGGGGAGACGAGCGUGUGUACGACGGGCGAACGGGCGAGCCCGUCCGAUCCCUGAUCUUCAUGGGGCCCACAUUCUACCAGCGGCUGACCCACAUGGCAGAGGACAAGGUGAAAUUCCGCAACACGGGGCCCGUCCAUCCCCUGACCCGGCAGCCCGUGGCUGACCGUAAAAGGUUCGGUGGCAUCAAGUUUGGCGAGAUGGAGCGCGACUGUCUCAUUGCUCACGGGGCCGCAGCAAAUCUCCACGAACGCCUCUUCACACUCAGCGACUCUUCACAGAUGCACAUUUGCCGAAAGUGCAGCAAUGUGGCUGGCGUGAUCCAGAGGACUGUGCUCGGGGGCCGAAAGAUCCGUGGGCCCUACUGCAGGUUUUGCGAGUCGCUGGAAGAUGUGGUUCGGGUGAGUGUGCCGUAUGGGGCUAAGCUGCUUUGUCAAGAGCUUUUCAGCAUGGGGAUCUCGCUCAAGAAUUUGGGGAAUAAUAGAUUUCAUUUCUUUUUCCAAUUAGCUGAGGAUAGAGAUAGAAUUUUGAAUGGGAAAUCUUGGUCUUUUGAUGGACAAUAUUUAUUGCUUAAAAACUGGUCCCCUGAAAGCACUGAAUUCCUUAAGGAUGAGAAGGUUAUUAAGAAAUGGGUGCAAAUUUUAAAUUUACCUCUGCAUUGGUUGUCUGCUGAAACAGUUGAAAAGAUUGGUAAGCUCCUGGGAACAGUCUUGGAUGUUCAGGCACCUGGGACUGGUAGUACCAAUGGACACCUUCUGAAAGUUAUGGUUGAAAUGAAAUUGAAAGAUCCCAUUCUCAUAGAGCAACCUAUUCCUAAAAGUGUUGUUGGAGAAAAAAGCUCUAAUUGUGCUAAUAGUAAUCAAGUUGACUCUGGUUUUAAAGAAAAUAGAAAUGAUCAGGUUGAGGAUGUUAGUAAUCAAGUGCAGGUUAAUCUGGGGGGUGCUAAUGUAGGUAAUGGGCAAGAUGAGACUAAUACUGAGCCAAACCAUGUGGCUAGCUUGCUUAACGAGAAUAGCCUGGGGUACUCUGAAGUUGUUAGUGAUGCUUGGAAUAAACCUGUUCAUGAAUUUGCUCUUUUUAGUAUUCAAGAUAGGAUUAGAAAUGUUAGGAAGGCUUUAUUGCAUUGGAAAAAAGAUCAUGUUCCUAAUUCUAGUCUUAUUAUCUCCGCUUUAUAUGAGAAUGAAGAGUUGUUCUGGAAGCAGAAAGCUAGGAUUAAGUGGCUUAGAGAAGGUGAUAGGAAUUCAAAAUUCUUUCAUGCUAGUGUCAAAAACAGGAGAAAGACUAAUAGUCUUGAUAAUAUUUUAAAAUCUGAUGGCACUAGGUAUCUUGUUAAAUCUGUGGAUGAAGAAGAAAUUAAAGAGGCUGUUUUUGCUUUUGAUCAGAACAAAGCCCUUGGGACUGAUGGCCUUAAUCAUACUGUGAUUACUCUUAUUCCUAAAAAGAAGCAUCCUUCUAAAGUUGCUGAUUUUAGGCCUAUUAGUCUUUGCUCUGUGGUUUAUAAAAUUAUUGCUAAUAGACUCAAGCUUGUUCUUCCUGGUUGCAUAUCACCCUCUCAAUCUGCUUUUGUACCUGGAAGGCAAAUUUUAGAUAAUGUUAUCAUUGCUAAUGAAUGUGUGCAUUAUUUAAAUACUUCUUAUUCUUUCAAUGUGGAUGGGUCUGUUCUUGGUUUUCUGCAACCUACUAGGGGACUUAGACAGGAAGAUCCUAUUUCUCCUUAUUUGUUUAUUUUGGUGUCUGAAGCUCUUUCAAAUUUUGUUAGUCAAGCUUGUUCUGCUGGUCUUUUAAAGAUAUACCUCAUGCUCAUCUUAUUGUUGAUAUGCUUGCUAGAGUGUGUGCUUAAUAAGCUUAAGAGUUGGAAAAAUCAAUUUUUGAGUGAAGCUGGUAGAGAAAAACUUAUCAAGUUUGUGUUUCUUGCUCUUCCUACUUAUGUCAUAUCAUGUUUUAGAAUUCCAAUCUCUAUUAUCACUCAGAUCACUAGUGAUAUUGCUAAUUUUUGGUGGGGUUCCAAUGCUAAUGGGGGUAAAAAGAUACAUUGGGCUGAGUGGGGGAAAUUGUCUAUAUCUAAAGUUUCUGGGGGGCUGGGGUUUAGGGAUCUUAGGGCUUAUAAUGAAUCUUUGCUUGUUAAGCAAUUAUGGAGGUUCCUUACUCUGCCUAAUCUUUUAAUUAGUAGGGUUAUAAGGGGAGGUAUUUCGGAGGAAAUUUUUGAGAGGCUUAAGAGUGUUAGUGACCUUAUGCUGAGAAAGGGUAGAGGGUGGGAUACUGAACUUAUUCUGCAGACUUUUACUCUUGUGGAUGCACAACAAAUCCUUCAAAUUCCUUUGCAACCAAAUGGGGGGAAGGAUAAACUGAUUUGGCAUUGGGAUAAGAAGGGAGUUUUCUCUGUGAAGGCAGUGUAUAACACUAUCAUGGCAUUUCAGAAUCAGAAAAAGGAUCAAGCUUCAUCAAGUGAUAACAGAGAAAAUUGGCACAGAUUGUGGAGAAGGACUUGGCAUAUCCCUAUAAAGUCUAAAGUAAAACCCUUCUUAUGGAGGUGUUGGUAUAAUUAUCUCAAUACCAAUACUCAGCUCCAAAAGAAGGGUAUUCAGAUUGAAGGGAUUUGUCAGGUCUGUGGUGCAAGUGAUGAAGAUUUAAACCAUAUUCUGUUUUCAUGUAGUAGAGCUGUCAAUUUUUGGAAGUUGAUAGGAGUGCAAUGGGCUUUUCAGCCGCAGGGUAGAGAGAGUUUUCAGAAUUGGUGGUGGAGUUUGUGUACAACAAGGAGAACUUCCCAGUUGGAGAAGAGAAUGUGCCUGUCAGCUUUUCUUCUAUGGAGUCUGUGGAAGGCUAGGAACAAAUGGGUUUUUAAAAGGGAUUGGAUACAUGAUAGAGAGAUAGUGGGAGCAGCUAGAGAAGAAUGGUUAGAGUGGACUUUCAAGUUGAAGCAGUCAGGUUUGGAUAAUUGUGGACAACAACAGAUAGGACUCUCUACUUCAGGAGAAUUUUCCAAUAGAGUAGGUCAGCCAUUUAUGGCUAUCAGUGCUCUACCUUCUGAAGAUGGUGGGUUUACUAUCUCAUGCAUAGCAGGACCAGAUGAGGAACCUAUAUUUCAGUGGCAAGAGGUAACAAAAGAUGCAGCCUCCCAAACAGAAGGUAUAAUUAUAGCUGUUAGUAAAGGCCUUGAUGGCUGGUUGAGGGGGAAGUUUUCACUUUUGCCCGUGGUUUGGAAUCAGUUGAUUACCGAUGUACUUCUUGAACAAAAAUCCAUUACAAUGGCUGAUGAACAAGAAAUACAACAGAGCCUGCAAGAUUUGCAGAAACAGCUUGGGAAGAAACAAAAAUUUGAGGAAUCGGUUUCCACCAUCAGAUCUCUCCUCAAACAGCACUAUCCAUCUGCUUCACCUGAUCUCCAGAAAACGUUCUACACUGUUAUAUGCCGGGUUUCAACUAUUUUGAAAACAAGAUACACAGCUCCCGGAUUUUGGAAUGCCGGGCUUAACCUUUUUCAGGAAGCCGAGCAGCUCGUCUCGAAUGCUUCAGAGCGUAAGCACCUACAAAAUUGCGUGUCUGAUGCACGUGGCCAAUUAAACGAGGAAGAAAAUGAGUCGGAGGAUUUGAGAUCCAACGGUAAUAGAACCAGUGGAGGCUAUUUAUUUGAGGGGCAUCUCACAGUUGAUCCCGAGCCUCCACAGCCUGAUUGGUUAGUUCGAUCAAACUUGCUAACGGCUGCUGCUACCUUGUUUCAAGGUGAGUCUUCUGAAGGGCAAAUUGGGAAUAUUAACUCAGGAGAAAGUGCUGCGAACCUUAUGCAAGAAUUGAUGUCGAGGUUGGACGAUAUUGUGCCUGAGAUUUUAGAGGUAGAUUCGGGAGUUCCAAGAGUACCCCCCGCCAGUAAAGAAGUCGUGGCAAAGCUUCCUGUUACUAUUGUUACACAAGAAGCCUUAUUGAAGCUCGGAAAAGAUGCAGUUUGUUCAAUUUGCCAAGAGAAUUUGAUCGUGGAUGAUAAAAUGCAAGAAUUACCGUGCAAGCAUAUGUUUCAUCCUCCUUGCCUCAAACCGUGGCUGGAUGAGCAUAAUUCUUGUCCGAUUUGUCGGCAUGAGCUGAAAACUGACGAUCACGCUUACGAAAGCUGGAAGGAGAGAGAGAAAGAGGCAGAGGAAGAGAGGAAAGGGGCUGCGAAUGCCGUCCGAGGUGGCGAAUAUAUGUAUGUGUAAGAGGAAAAUCAUAAAAAGCUUGUUGGAACUUUUUCUUUUCCCCCUAAUUCCCAGCUGUGAUGAUGAUGAUGAUGUGAAAUUGUGGAUUCAUAGUAUUGUUUGUGGAUUAAUAUUAUUUUUCAAAAAAAUCCAUUAGUUAAUAAUGUUGUUAUAUGUGGUUUGUUGAAAUUAUUAUUUCAGCUAGCUUAUUAGCUAAUUGUACCAAACACUUUUA